AUGCUCAGUCCGUCAAGAUGUGCAUCUCAAACCAUUAUGAAAGCUGUUGCUUCUUCUACUUUGAAUCAUCAGAGUGCCGCUUCAGCAACGAUUGUCGAAGAGAUGAGUGGCGAAAAAUCGAUAACGACAACAACAGACGAUGAUGGAAAUACCGAACCAUUGAAGAAGAAAUUUAAAGAAGAUACGAGUGUAGAAAUUCCAGUGUCACCAGUAGCUACUUCCUCAUCAGAAACACCAAAAAGAACUGAACGAUUGAAAAAACGUAAAGUUGCAGUUCUAUUUGGUUAUUGUGGAGCAGGCUAUUUUGGUUUACAACGAAACACGAAAGAUCGUGAACAUCGUACAAUAGAAGAUGAAGUUGUUGAUGCCUUUGUUAAAGUGGGAGCGAUACCUCAAGAGCAUGCUGAUGAUAUGUCAAAAAUGGCAUUUCAACGUGCUGCUCGUACAGACAAAGGUGUUUCAGCUGUGGCAAAUUUACUUUCGUUAAAAUUAUCCCCAAUAGAAAAUUUGACUGAAAAAGUCAAUGAACACUUACCAAAACAAAUACGUUUAUACGGUUUCAAACGAGUAGCGGCCAGUUUUAAUAGUAAAAAUAAUUGUGAUGCUCGAACAUAUAUUUACAUACUUCCAACAUUUGCCUUUUGUCCGAUUGAAGAAAUAACUCGUGAAUCCUAUCGUGCAACACCUGAAAUAGUACAGAUAGUGAGAGAUGUUAUACGAGAAUAUGUUGGUACACAUAAUUUUCAUAAUUUUACAUCGGGAAAGAAAUUCACAGAUCCAUCAUCAAAACGAUAUAUACAUUCAGUUACACUGACUGAUCCCUAUAUGCGUGAUAAUAUUGAAUUUACAACAAUUACAAUCAAAGGUCAAAGUUUUAUGAUACAUCAAAUUCGAAAGAUGGUCAGCCUUGUUAUUGCAAUUGUUCGUGGUGUAGCUAGUCGUGAUACAAUUCAAUUAGCUUAUGGUGCAGACAAGAUUGAUAUACCAAAAGCACCUCCACUUGGUCUUGUACUUGACAGACUUCAUUAUGAUCGAUAUGAUAAAAAAUUUGGAAAUGAUGGCCAUCAUGAACUACUUACAUGGAAAGAAUCUGAGGAGACAUUUACCAAGUUCAAAGAAGAAUAUAUUAUACCAUAUAUUGUAAAAAAAGAGAUUACAGAUAAAUCUAUGCUAGUAUAUUUGGAAAGGUUAAUUGUUCAUUCGUUUUCUAUAUUGACCGAUGGUGAUUGGCGUUUAACAUAUCCAUAUCAAAUUAUAUUUCAAAAAGUUAGGAGAAAAAUGGGUGCUGAUUCACCGUCGCAACUGGAUGAUGAAGAUGAAGACGAUGAUGAUGCAAAUGAAGGCUAA